GGAUUGUUUACGUACGCAUUGUAGUAUUGUAAUUCAGCGCGAGUGCAUGUCGAUUACGCGUUUAUUUAAUUGUCGAAUUGUUGUUAAGGCAUCGAAGAACUGUUUGAAUAAAUAAGAAAUAGAAAACUUUCAUACUGUGUGGGCUGUUUGAAUUUGGAACUUUAUUCGUGAUUUUUCGCGCCACUGUGUUAUUCUCCGAAGAUUAUAAGUGCAUUGUAUUUUUUCCGUGGAAGUGAUGUUUUAGGUGAAACAGAACAGUAAACAGUAGAAACAGAGUUUUCUGCCACCAAGAUUCUGCCUAUACCAUGGUCCUGUAACAUGGCAACCACCACGAUGGUAGUGUCGCCACUCGCCGCCCAGUCCUCGCCCAAGAACAAGAGGCGUCUCUUUGCAGAGGCCCGACAGAACAGCCUGCAGAAAUUGAGCAUCAUUUUCGACCACUCAAACAAAAAUAGCAAUGGUGGUGAGACGACGUGGUGUUUCAGUCAGGUGAAGGGCACGCUCGAGGAUGACGUGACCGAGGCGGACCUGAUCUCCUGCGUGGAGUUUAACCACGACGGCGAACUGCUGGCCACCGGCGAUAAGGGCGGCAGGGUUGUUAUAUUCCAGAGAGAUCCAGCAUCGAAACAAUGCGUGCCCAAGAAGGGCGAAUACAACGUGUACUCCACGUUCCAAUCACACGAGCCCGAGUUCGACUAUCUCAAGUCGUUGGAGAUCGAGGAGAAGAUCAACAAGAUCAGGUGGCUCAGGCGCAAGAACCAGGCGCACUUUCUGCUCUCAACUAAUGAUAAGACUAUUAAAUUAUGGAAGGUGUCGGAGCGCGACAAGCGCGUGACGGGGUACAACACGCGCGAGGAGGGCGGGCGGCCGCGCGACCCGGCGCGCGUCACGUCGCUGCGCGUCCCCACCGUGCGCUCCGCCGAGCUCAUGGUCGAGGCGUCGCCCAGGCGAAUAUUCGCAAACGCGCACACGUAUCACAUAAACUCAAUAUCGCUGAACUCGGACCAGGAGACGUAUUUGUCUGCGGACGACCUGCGCAUCAACCUGUGGCACCUCGAGAUCACCGACCAGAGCUUCAACAUCGUCGACAUUAAACCCGCCAAUAUGGAGGAGCUCACAGAGGUUAUAACCGCAGCUGAGUUCCAUCCGACUGAAUGCAAUCUCUUCGUUUAUUCUAGUAGUAAGGGCACGAUCCGCCUGUGCGACAUGCGCGCGGCGGCGCUGUGCGACCGGCACGCGAAGCUGUUCGAGGAGCCCGAGGACCCGCACGCGCGCUCUUUCUUCUCCGAAAUCAUCUCCUCCAUCAGCGACGUCAAGCUCAGCAACUCGGGCAGAUACAUGAUGUCCCGAGAUUAUCUAGGUUUAAAAGUGUGGGAUCUUCGGAUGGAGACGAAGCCGGUGGAGACGUACCCGGUGCACGAGUACCUGCGCUCCAAGUUGUGCUCGCUGUACGAGAACGACUGCAUCUUCGACAAGUUCGAGUGCUGCUGGAGCGGCGACGACCAGCGGCUCAUGACCGGCUCUUACAACGGAUUCUUUAGGGUGUUCGAGCGCGGCGGAUGCGGUCGCCGCGGCGAGUUGACGCUGGAGGCGUCGCGCGACGCGGCGCAGCGCCCUCGCCAACCGCUGCGGGCACGUAAGGUCGCCGCCACCGCCAAGAGGAAGAAGGAUGAAAUAAGCGUCGACUGCCUCGAUUUCAACAAGAAGAUCUUGCAUACGGCGUGGCACCCACACGAGAGCAUCAUCGCGGUGGCCGCCACCAACAACCUGUUCAUAUUCCAAGACAAGUUCUAGCGCGCGUCGCCGCCUGCCGCCUAGCUGUUUGUAGCUGGCCUGCGGACCGACACCACCACCCACCAGCCACCGCCGAGCCGCCCGGUAAAUAUCGACACUGCCACAACCCUAGCGGGAUGGCUAGUCGGAACAUUUUAUAUCAAGUAGUCGACAAAGGCAAUAGUGAACGUUGCUUAACUUAAUCCUGUGUGUUCGAUAGGAUUCAGUGAGGUAGCGUUGUAGCGAUGUCGAUAUAAAAUGUGUCGGCUGGUGUCGACGUCGGGCGGGGCGCGUGUGGCCCCUCGGAAUAAUCUCAACGCGAAUCGCCUUCCCCGUUCCGCUGCUUCGCUGUAUUUUAGCUUUCAAAGGGGAUUGCGUUAUGUAAAAAUUGGUAUCCACCGACAAUUUGAAGAUUGUGUAAAGCGUUAUCGAUAUUAUUGAGGUGAAGAUUUCUUUCUGUCCAGUUCAGAAUGCAGCGCUUCUGCGUGAUGUUUGUUGUUCAAUUCGUUUUUCGAGGAGUCACUUACAUCGGUUUUGUACGUGGAAGGGUUAGCAAAGUAGUUCCGAUAUAAGAAAUCUUCAUCUCGCUAGCGAUCUUCGUUCAGGUCAACGUCUGAUGACGGUCUAUCGUAUCCGCUAUGAGUCUAUAAAUAAUCGAUAAAAAAAAAUGAUAAAAUAGAAUUAUUGAUGCUCCGCCCGUUUGUUUAGUAUACAUAUUUCAAUGCAGUGCUUAAAGCAUUACGAGUCGCUUGCAAUAAUGGUGUUGGGGUCCCCACCGUCAGGCCGGCGAUAACUUUGUCAAGUUAUGAAGGCUGUGGUAGCUGUUAGAGAAUACCAUCACAUUUAUCCUCAGUAGUAUUCGCAUUGUGAUAAGAGUGGCUUAGUUAUUGGUGUAGUUAGUGUCGAUAUCACGUGUUCGGUCUGUGAUCUGUCGUCGGUGUAGCUAUAGCGGGGCACUGUGCUCGUUUAUAUGACUGAAUUGUAGCAUGUUAAAUUAAUGGCUUUAGGUAUUUGUAUACUGAGUUUGUUUCAUUGUUGGGCUAGAAAUUGAAUUUCAUUUUAAUAUUGCCCACGAAAGUCAUUUGUAAUAAGUAAAUGUUAACUCGUUAUUUCAGUGAGUCACUGCCAACGUUGGUCACACGGUUUCACCGCUGACAGCUACCAUGGUCGCAUUGUUAAAACAAUAUAGUGUUGUAUUGUAUGGGAGCAAAUGCAAAGUUCCGAAAGUUCUAGCAAUGUCUUGAAAAUGGUGGUCCGUAGUGUUAAAAAUCCACAAUACUUUUGUUGCAUUCUUUUAAAACUUCAGUCUAGUCAAACUUAUCGUACGUAAAUUUAUCGAUAGCAAAAAAUACUAAUGAUUAAAAUAAUCGAUACCAGUGAACGCACUCGCUCCCAUACAAAACACCACUUGUAGUUAGAUAAAAAGAAAAAUCCGUAAAUUCAAACGUCGGAUAUAAUUUAUACGCUUUUCAUACUUAAGGUUCUAAGCGAAUAAUUAAGUAUUUAUUGAGAAAAAAAAAAACUACAAUGUAAGUUGACGCUUGACCUUGUCGAUAUGAGAUUAGUUAGGUGUAACGAAAUGGUGUCGUGAAUACGUAUAAUGGGGAAUGUGGCGUGCGUUUUGGACUUACCCGUAUUGUGUUUGACUAUCGCGACGAUAAUUCGCUUAGCCGGCGAUUUUAUGGAAUUAUUUUUUCGAAAACAUUUUAAAUUUUUUGUACAAGUGAUGACAAUAUAUCGAUAAUUAUUGGGGUUAAUUUACGAGUAAAGAAAAUAGUAUAACACGCAUCAGGUUAAUUUUUUUUUUUUCAACAAAAUGUUGAUACAGAAAUGUUUAGUGUUUUAUUCAGAAAUGUAAUAUGUAGCGAAAGAGUAUAGUUCUCAGUCUGAUCAAUGUUUAUUUGGAACUAAUUUGUCCAAAUGCACACGUCACAAACUUCGCAAAAUGAUGAUUGGUAUUAGAAACUCGAUUUUAGAUCGUGCAACAAAUCAUCAGGAAUAUGUCCAUUGAAAUGUACGAGUAUUCUAUACGAAUAAGAAUUAUGAAUACUGAAAAUAUAUAUACUAAAUAAGGAUAUAUAAUGUAUAAAUAAUUCCACCGCCGUGAUGCAAGUCGAUACGUGUUGUGGCUUAAAAAUUGUGGUUACUUUUAGUAUGUUGGUUAUUGUUACUUGCUGUUCUAAGAUUGAGUCUGAAUAAUGUUAUUAGUUGAACUUUAAAAAUUUACUUUGAAAUGUACAAAAAUCGUCUUUGAAUUAAACUCAUUUUAACUUCGUUAGUCUAGUAAAGUGUACGAUAAAGUUCAACACAAUUACAGUAAAGCUGUGUGUACAUAACUCGUAUCGAUUUGUAAAGAAGCACCACACGUACGUAAUUGUAAACGGAACGCCUAACGCCUGUUUAAUUUGUGGGCUCGUGCCUUACUCUUAUGGUUUUUUGUUGAUAAUUCUUUAUUUAUUAUUAUUGUGUACUUUUUUUUUAUUAAGUCUUUGUGAUUGUUUUAUAUUUUCGAUGAAUUUGAACGGUCGUGUCGGGGAGCAGUGGCGUUUGUGAAAGCUUGGCGGGUUCUGUUGGGUAUUAUGGACGAGAUAUCAAAAUCAGUGGUGAUUUAUGAAAUAAAUAGUGCUCAAAUAGACUUAACUUGUCAUUUAUCUAGUGAGGUGUCAAUUUAUACAGAUUAAAAACUGUUAUUCUAUCACCGUUUGCAAUUUGUGAACUCAUAUUAUGUAUUUGAAUCGUUAUAAAUUAUAUUAUCGUCGAGUUAUUUAUAUAGAUUUUAAUAUCUGACCACCUUUGUUUUAAGUUGUUUUGUUGGUAUUUUCUCAUACAAAACACAGUCUUCCGUAAAAAUAAUUUCUUGUCAAAGAAUCUCACCAGGACCUCGCCAUCCCGGGAUACAAUGGGCAUACAAUACUUACGGAUAAUAAUAUUAUAAAACAAUUAUGUGAUUUUAGUUCGUUUUUAAAUUGUACACUACAUUCUAAGGAAGCUUGGCAGAGCUGUAUCGUUGAAAUUAAACAAAAAAAAAUGAUGGUAAAUGUAAAUAUAUAGCAAUCUAAUGAAGGCCUGAACAAAUAUAAAUAUAGUAAUAUUUUGUCACAAUACUUGGGUUUUGAGCACAUUCGCUCGCGUCGGAAGCGAAUUCGUUAAGUUAGCGAAACGUUCGCUCGACAUAUCGAUAUGUGGAGCGAAGCGAACUAAUGUGACCAGCCCGUAACUGUACAGAGUUAUAUAUAUUUGUACGUUAAUUGUGAUGCUUGAUAAAAAAAAAAAUGUUAAAUUAUGUUCGUCACUUGAAAACUAAUGUUUGAAAUGAAUUGUUUUGUAAAGCAUUUGAAGCCGCUAGAUCUAACAUAACAUGGCGGUUUAGUGCCGUUCGUGUCCAUACUGAACACUAUGUACAAUGUAUGAUACAAUAGAAUAAUAUACUAGGAGUGUAUGCUCUACAGAUAUGGGAUAAUCGUUUUGCAACAUCGAUAGCAAUGUGAGAGCGGAGCGGUGUGUCGUAAACACCGGAGCGAAAGUUCGUCACUCACAUUGUAAGAUCGAUUUUGCACAACGCAUCCGAAACUUGGGUUCUUUACGACUAGACCACGUGUGCUUUAAUUUUAAACUGUUGUUCGGCGGCAAUCAGGCACUUCCAUAUCUUUUCUUAGUAGUUAAUGUCCUUAACAUUUCGUUUUAUGAUGUUAAGAUCGAUUUUUGUAUAGGUUUCGAGUUAAGUUUUACUUUGUGUUUAUGUAAAGGGGCCGGCUCAAUUCCUCACACCGCGCUAUUCUCUCCUCGCGGACACCGCUGAGUGUAUCAUGGGCUAAAUUGCAAAGUUGUGAUAAAAAUUAUAUAGUUAUAAAUUGCCUUGCUGCUUUCGUACUUCACUCUCAGGCGGUGUUGGUUCCCACAUUCAAAACUGCGACGUGUGUGCGAUGCGAUGGUUGCUUUUUACUUGAGCUCAAAACAGUAAAUUCCCAAGGCCAUUGUGUCCGAUACGCGCGGUUCAAACAUGGUGAAGCCUACAUCGGCCGUGAGAGUGGAACACGAAGUUAUUUAAAUGCUUCUAAAGCAACAUUAGUGACAUAGGAAUUGAGUGUCCCCUCGAUGAUAUCAAUGUAUAAAUAUCGAGAGCUCUGUAGUAUAAACGCAAAGACAGCGUGCGAGCGUGACGAGUAUGCGUGAAAGAGUGAGAAUAUAAUUUAAGUCUAGUAUAUAGUUAGGCAAAAAAAGUGAAAGUGCAGACGGAGGAAAUCAAGUGGUUUUUUUUUUCUUUCCUGCAUCGAGGGAUCAACAGAGAAGUGUUGCUUGUUAAAUGUGAUAUGUCGCAAUAAGCGGUGUGUUGUGGAUACGAGUAUGCGGACGAGUUAGUAUGCGUAUAGACGUUAGUACGUGCCGUGUUUGAGCUGGGUACCUCGGGCGGUUGUUGACAACGAAACGAUGUGCUGUCGCGUCCCGCCGCUGUCGCUUCCGCGGCGCCACUGAGCCGCGGACUGCUCGUCACCUACGUAACAACUGAGUAUGCAGCCAGUAUUUAAAUUAUGCAAACGCUUUGUGUGUAAAAAUUUCAGUCAAAACUGACAGUUUGGCCUAUCAUUUGGCCGAUCAUAAUAUGUUGGAAAUGUAACACAAAAUAUUGAUCUGUAUGUACAAUGACACGGUUUUCACUAACUUAGAGGUUUCAAACUUUCAUAACAGCGGCAGACAGAUUAGUUAUUACUGGCAUGUUGGCUUGAAGUGACGAUGCGGUGCCGUUUGGCUGAAUUGUUAACUCGUGAGGCUCGUGGGAGCGUCACGUCCAGUGUAUGUGCCAUGAGGCGCGGGGGGCGGGAGCGGCCGGCGUCGCUCAGUUGAGAUGAGUUGUUGAAUCCAAAAUAAUAUUUCCUAUAAUAUAAAUUUUUAUAUCUGA